GAGCUCGAUCGAAACCCGAAUAAUUUAUUCAGAGAUUAACGUGUGUGCGAUACACAUAUUAUCCUGUUAACGUGAAUGAAUUAUUAAUUUUGCGUUUAACACACAAAAAGAAAGAUUGUAUGAGCGCGAUGAAUUAAGUAAUUAAAGUAAAUUAACGAGCCUUUAAUAAUUCCCAGCUUUCUCCUCGUCCAUGAAUAAAAAAAACAUUGGCAGCGGGAGAACUUUUACAAUCAAUUGUGAUAUCGUUAUUUCAUUUUUAUUCAUUAAACAACUUUUUUGCGGGGAAAAAGUUAUUUUUCUGCAAAAAGACUGAUAAGUGAUAACAUUCGCGUUUUCACGCGUCCACCUGGAGUUUAUUUAUUCUUCCGCCGGCGCCGCGUGUGUCACGAUGGCGACGUUACUCGGUUUCGCAAGACUCCUCAAUUACGCGGCGAGUAAUUGUCUGAGAAGAGUGGCACCGGUCGCAAUUUGCAAGCAAUAUUAUCCCGCGUUAGGAUUGUGGGAGAUGCCAAGAGCGGAGUACAGAGUGGUUAAACCACCAUGGAUGAGACCAAUCCCGGAUUAUCAAACGGAGGUACAGGAGUGGGACGAAGAGAGGGAGAAAAUAUGCACUGACGUGACAAGCGAGAUCAACAGUCAGAUCGCAACGGACAGGAUCGGCCGUGCGUUCGCGAUCGUGCAAGUGUGCGGGAAGCAGUUCAAGGUGACGGAAAACGACAUUAUAAUUAUCGAGGGAUUCUGGCCGCCGAACAUAGGCGAUCAGCUGAAGCUGGAGAAAGUGUUGCUGGUCGGCAGUAAGGACUUCACCCUCGUGGGCAGGCCGAUCCUGAACAGAGAACUGGUCUCGGUCGACGCGACGGUCAUAGAAAAGACUCUCUCCCACACGAAGACUCGCUUUAGGUUCAAGCCGAGGAAACAGUAUCGCCGUAUAAACUUCUACAGAAUACAAUACACGAUGCUGCGGAUCAACUCCAUAAAUAUAAACGGAAACAUCGACGAGAAGAAAGAAGUGGAGGGACUAGACAGAGUAUAUUAACGAUAUAAUAUAUGUAUAUAUAUAAAUGUUGUGUGUGUAAAUCAAUAAAAGCAAUAUGUAAAUAUGUGUUAUCCUCUGUAUUCAGAAAUUCAGAAUAGAAGGUAAAAGUGA